AUGCUCUCCAGGGUCCCUCAGGGUCCCCCUGGGCCUCACAGCUGUAAAAGUUACGCAGAUGAGGGAACUUGGAGUCGAGAAGGAUUGGAAUGGAGGAAGAAUACGGAGGACACCGAUGCCCGGAUGUUUGUUCCCCAGAGCAGCUGCCUGCGUUUGUCUCAGUCCAUGUGCUGGCGCAGCGGCGGCAUCAUCCUGCAGAGCCACGCAACUAGCACUAGGGUCAUCUGUGCUAAUCCACAACAAGCAGCCGCACCACAGGUAUGCUUUUGUUCCGUCCUUAUCGCCAGUCUGCAUUCUCGAAAUUUGAGCUCAAAAUCGGCCUUAGCCGCUCCAGAGUCCCCCUAUAGGAAACCUGGGUGCUCCCCAGGCUUGAAGGACGCAGCUGCAGGUUGGCAAGGCUCUCUUCUUCGGCCCCAACAGCACAGGGAAGUUGUUAAACGCACUAUGCGCAUUGCAUCUGGGAGCAGUGGAAAGGAACUUUUCUUGGGGUCCCCUACCACACCAGUUGCUGAUACCUUGAAUGGGUUUCUCUCCACCUCAAGCUUAACAAAUCAGACCAAAGGAAUGCCUGGCCUUGUGCGCCACAAGAGUGCGGGACCACCAGCCAGGCUGGCCUCUGUUCGGACUUUGAAGGGCCCUUGUCUUAGAGUUCAGCCUCUCAGACAGGAAAAAGAGCAAGCUAAAUGCCCACCAGUGGCCAAAAACGUAGUUGUGCGCCCUCCGAACAACAGAUCUGAGCGUGCGGCCUCCUCUGCAGCAAGCGGUGGUUUGAGGGUAUCCACCGCUUCCUCAUCUGCCGAGGGACAUAGCGCAUCAAAUUCUCGAGGUAAAGCUCCAAAACACAGUGCUUCCGAUAAUAUGGAUUACUCUGAGGACGGCACCUCUAAUAGUAGCAACAGAGGGGGACCAGGGGAAUACUCUUCCUCCCUUCCCACUUCAGGGGCAAAGGAGAGUAGGAGCUUGUCCCUAACCAGUGAAUCUAUGUGGGAACGAACUAAGGGGCCUCGAAUAAUGAGCACAACUGAGGCAUAUUUUGGCAGAGUCCCCCGGGCCCCAAUAGAUAUACAGCGCUUGGGCUUGCGAAAACCCCAGGGAGGAUCUGUGACUAAAAGCUCUCAGGGGGGGUUUGAGUUAUCGGAUCCGGAGGUUCACGAGCGCUUUCAAAUUGCUCGCAAGAGUACGAAGAUUUUAGUAAAUGGGGCUUUGCAGGAGAAGGAGUCCCCCGAGUCCUUCAAGAGCAACUCUGAGGGAGAGAGGCGGAAAAGCGAUGUGAUGCUUGCUGCUGAAGGCAGGGAAGCACCACGGAAGAAGAAUAGGAGGACUAAGGAGAAAACUGACAAUAUACGAAAGCAUCAUGACACUCUGGGGAACAGCUCACGAAACGCAGAGGCCACAGCUGCAAUGCGCGCCAUGUCAGCAGCGGCAGCCUCAGCUGCGGCAGCAGCAGAAGCACGGUUAGCAACUGCAGGGCCACUCCCAGCCUGGCGCCAGAAACAGCAGCAGCUGCAGCAAAAAACCAAGAAGUCCUUAUUUCUCCACCGGGGCAUCAGCUUCCCGAUUUCACUCUUCGCCAAAGUCAAGGCAAAGUUUAGCAGAUUCAAGUCAGACAAGUCAGACUCACGUUAG